UGACUAAGAUGGCGACUGAGGCGCAGAGUGAAGGGGAGGUGCCAGCUCGCGAAUCUGGCCGGAGUGAUGCCAUCUGCAAUUUUGUUAUCUGCAAUGACUCUUCCCUUCGAGGUCAGCCCAUUAUCUUCAAUCCUGACUUUUUUGUGGAAAAACUCCGGCAUGAGAAACCUGAGGUGUUCACUGAGUUGGUGGUCAGCAAUAUCACAAGACUCAUUGAUCUACCUGGAACUGAGUUGGCUCAGCUGAUGGGAGAGAUGGACCUUAAGUUGCCUGGUGGGGCUGGUGCAGCGACAGGAUUUUUCCGGUCUCUGAUGUCUCUCAAGCGAAAGGAAAAAGGCGUAAUAUUUGGAUCCCCACUGACAGAGGAAGGCAUUGCCCAGAUAUACCAGCUAAUUGAAUAUCUACACAAAAACUUGCGAGUCGAGGGUUUGUUUAGAGUACCAGGGAAUAGUGUCCGACAGCAAAUUUUAAGGGAUGCUCUCAAUAACGGCACUGAUAUUGACUUGGAAUCAGGGGAGUUUCACUCAAAUGACGUUGCCACCUUGCUGAAGAUGUUUCUAGGAGAAUUACCUGAGCCCUUGCUGACACAUAAGCAUUUCCACGCGCACCUCAAAAUUGCUGAUUUGAUGCAGUUUGAUGAUAAAGGAAACAAGACCAAUAUACCAGAUAAGGCACGGCAAAUUGAGGCUCUUCAAUUGCUCUUCCUCAUUCUCCCUCCACCCAAUCGUAACUUGCUGAAGUUAUUGCUUGAUCUCCUGUACCAGACGGCAAAGAAACAAGACAAGAAUAAGAUGUCUGCCUAUAACCUAGCCCUUAUGUUUGCACCCCAUGUCUUGUGGCCAAAAAAUGUCACUGCAAAUGACCUCCAAGAGAAUAUCACAAAGUUAAACAAUGGGAUGGCUUUCAUGAUUAAACACUCCCAGAAACUUUUUAAGGCCCCUGCUUACAUUCGGGAGUGUGCCAGGUUGCACUAUUUGGGCUCCAGAACUCAAGCAUCAAAGGAUGACCUUGAUCUGACAACUUCAUGUCAUUCUACACCCUUCCAACUGGCAAAAUCUCAGAAACGGAACCGGACGGAUUCCGGUUGUCAUCAGGAAGAGACCCAGCAGCGCACGGAAGAGGCACUGAGAGAGCUGUUCCAACACGUUCACAAUAUGCCAGAGUCGGCAAAGAAGAAACAGCUUAUCAGACAGUUUAAUAAGCAACCUGUGACCCAAACGCCAGGGCGAGAGCCUUCUACUCCUCAGGUACAGAAGAGAGCCCGUUCACGGUCUUUCAGUGGCCUCAUUAAGCGGAAGGUCCUGGGAAAUCAAAUGAUGUCAGAAAAGAAAAACAAGACCCCUACUCCGGAAUCUCUAGCCACUGGUGAAUUGAAGAGAGCCAGCAAAGAAAAUAUCAGCUUAGAUUCCCCUGAAGGACCCAGAGUUCUGCCGUUUACCCAGGAUUUUCUCUGCAGCGGGGCUGGUGUCAUUCCUGCCUGCAGAGCAGCUCGGACUGGCAGCUUGCUUGCUGCGUUUUGAAUUGUGACAGUUAAUUAAUGCUGUGACUUGACUGAUGCCACUAACCCCACUCACUGGAUGUCUUCUGCAGCCUCUGCCUCUGCACCAGUGCUAGCAGCUCGCUCUCUCUUUUUUAAUAUUGUGGGGAAACCACUAACCAGGCAGCCAGCUUACACAGCACACGGACAGUGGGCAGAACCAGGCAGACUCCAGUGCUCAUCCCGUGUAUUUGUGUAGGCAUAUUUUAUUUUUUAAAAAUACGAGGUUUGUGCUUAACUCUCAGUUUUUUUUUUUUUUUGUAAGUACUCUCAAUCC